AAUUUUUUGUUGUUGAUUUUAAAGGUAGUUGCUGGGCAUUUUCAACAGUGGUGGCAGUUGAAGGAAUAAACCAGAUUAGGACAAACAACCUAGUUUCGUUGUCUGAACAAGAACUUGUUGAUUGUGACAAUACUGAAAAUCAAGGUUGUAAUGGAGGGCUUAUGGAUUCAGCAUUUGACUUCAUCAAGAAAAAUGGAGGCAUUACAACUGAGAAAAACUAUCCUUACACGGCUAAAGAUGGAAGGUGCAAUUAUAAAAAGGAAAAUUCUGCGGCCGUGACAAUUGAUGGGCAUGAAGAUGUGCCUGCGAACGAUGAAGAUGCACUAUUGAAAGCUGUAGCGAAUCAACCCGUAUCAGUUGCCAUUGACGCCGGAGGUUCUGAUUUCCAGUUCUACUCCGAGGGGGUGUUUGAAGGCGACUGUGGGACAGAGCUGGAUCACGGGGUGGCGAUUGUGGGAUAUGGAACAACACUUGAUGGAACAAAAUAUUGGAUUGUGAAGAAUUCAUGGGGUCCUGAAUGGGGAGAAAAGGGUUAUAUUAGAAUGGGACGUGGAGUGAAAGCUAAGGAAGGACUAUGUGGUAUAGCAAUAGAACCCUCUUAUCCAAUUAAAUCUUCCAAAAAUAAUCACAUUCAACAUGAAAAAUCCACCCGCAAAGAUGAACUCUGAUAGACCACAUUCAAUUUGGAAUUGGGAUUUGGUACUAUUAAAUUCCAAUUCUCGAUUUGAGUUAGAUAUUCGUAAUAAUAUGAUAGUGUGAAAUAAUAUUGUUGAUUCUUCAGUAAUUUUGUCAAAUUCUUGAUAUUAAUAUUUUAGAGUAGCAAGCUCAAAAUUCUUAGUAUUCUCUAUGUGAAUUUAUGGGCAUUUGCUUUGAAGAUGAUCAUGUUGACGGGUUUGUUUGAAAUCAA